GGAAGCUGGGGUGUGAUCCAAAGGGAAAUGUUUUCCUAUUGUUCUCAUUGAGCAUUGAGUGCUGAAGCGUGCAAAAUGCCAGGAGUACAUAUGCAGCUGGUGUUCACUUGUCCUGCAGCUCUCUGAAGGUCACCAUGUUGAAUAGUAGGGGCUGGCAGGGAUGGUACCACAGGCUGGUUACAAAUAUCAGUUUGAGCUGUUUGGAUCAUGAAAUGUUCUGUGCGAAGUGUAUGCUUGGUCCUCACCCAGUAAGCCCCCAAAUUUCUAGUGAAAACUGCUAAAUGCCAUUAGAACACAAAGUGUAUGUCCCUCUGACGCAGGCGGGAUUGGCUGCCUUCCCACCGGGCUGCCCAGGAGGCUGCAUGUUGACCUGGGUGGUGCUGUGCGUGAGGUGGGGGUGUCUGUCUUCUUAGUGCUACGUUUUUGGCUACAAGCUUUCCCUUGGCACAGGAUAAAAGCACACGUGAACCAGAUAGAUGUUGAGAUUGUUUAUGUUUGACUUCUGGCCUGGUGCCAGAGGGAAGGGUUUGGUGACCUUGGCACUAUUGGGACAUUAUUUAUAGAAUGUAGAUCUUCUGGGUUUUGUAUUUUUGAUGUAGGAAUGUGAAAAUAAGUCUUGGGAGGAAAGGACUCAAUGCUGGCCACAAAAUACAUUUGGAUUUUUUCCAGAGCAGGAAAAAUAACACUUAAGAGGCGACCAGGUGUUCCCUGUUCGCAUUGCUUUCUGCCUUCCCUUGGAAAACAUGGGUUUGGUGCUGUCCUGGAGAUUGCAGGCUAGCAUGAGUUCACUCUAUGUUCAAAAAGUUCUUGUUCAAGAUGCUAAAAGAUGUUAAGAAAGAAAUCCAACUAUAACCAAAGACAGUCUUGAUAAUUUACAAAUGAUAAAUAACUCUCUGGCCUUCUUGGCCUUAUUCUGUUUGUGAAGCUGUGUCAUCUGCAAGGCUUAGUGCAUCUCCAUGUGUUUCGGUGCCCAUCUGUGGUGCUGACCCACAGUGUGGCUGACUCCAGAUGACAGAUGGACAAGAGGCUUGGAUGUGCACAGGGUUUUACUGGAAAGCCCACCACACAGUGCUGGCUCCACAGCUCUGCCUCCCAGGCCUCUGGUGAAACCCCAGUAGCAAGCUUUCCUUCUGGCUUUCACAAUGUGCAUAAGUCUCUCAUCUGCAUUCUGAGCAGUGGGUGUAUGCUCCAAUUACCUAAAUCUGUAAAUGUCUUUCUGUCCCUCUGUAUGCAAAGUAAGAACUUACUGAGCAUAUUUGCGCUCUGGUUUUGAUGGGGAAGCCCUUGCCUAGGCAGUACCUGACUCAUUUAUACCAGACUUUGGUUGGACCCUUACCCAGCUCAUCUUACAGGGCAAAAUCAAGGACCAGAGUCUGUAAGAAAGCUCUGCUCCAGAUUUAUACUGACUGCUGCUGUCAUUUUAGGGAGGAGAGAUCCAUCACCAAAACAGGGAAAUUAUCAAAACCAUUGUAGUUGGGUCUAGUGCUGAAGGUUGAGCGGCUUCUGCUUAUGUUGGUGGUCAGGAGCUGUGUGCUCACUUUCUGAACCUAAGGGGGAACUGUGUGCUUACUUUUUGAGCCUAAGGGGCCAAAAUCAGAAGCCUAAGCAUAGGGACUGGUAGCUAGCUCCAUUGAUGCAGAGUUUCCUAGAUGUUUUUGUUAGGGAUUUGGAUUAACAUAAUUUAAGUCAAAGGCAUGGAGGAGAGCAUGGGGAGAAAAGCAGUUAGGAAUAAAUCCGUGGUUCACUAGUCCAGUCUCCUGAGGAGUGGCAUUAUAGGAUAAGUUGGUGUAGCGGGAGAUGUGCAUAGGGGAGUAUCAGAUAACACUGGCGACCUAAUUAUUUCUGUGAAGGGGUUCUGUAUUUUAGAGGCAGAUUAGCGUGCAGUCCUGUAGCAGUCCCUAUGGACACAACCAGGGCUCCCUGGAGGAACUGAAUCAGCAUUUUACUUCCUCACCCCCACCCUAGAGCAUAUCCCUGUAACCCUAUAGGUUAGGACUUUAACCCCUUGCCAUUGGUCCAAAUCUCAGUCCUCCUAAAACCUAUAAAAGGGGCACAUUUUAGCCCACUUGUUGGAACGAGUGCAGACCGGACCCUUCGCAUCAAUAAAGACAUCUCUGCGGAACCUCCGUCGCCUCUUCCCUCUCUCUUGUCCACUGUGCCUCUCGGCCUGGGCUAAUUGCACCAAGCAGGCAGCUGAAAUCCUGAGCUGAAUAUCACUAAGAGCUGACAAUCACUUAUGCUUGCUGGCAAUAGCCCUGAGGCCACACCGAGCUACGCCGGGCACUCGGGCGUUCUGUUCUCCAGAGGAACAAGGCUCCUGAGGCUAGUGGAAGCCACACAGAAGCCUUAUUAAUACAGUCCCCUCUGCAGCUGCCUGCUGCUGCAAACCAGAGAGGGAAGAAUCCCUCCUUUUGGUGCUAAAAUUAGGCAGCAGCACUUUGACUGCGUGGCCCAGAGGGGCAGGUGCAGGCAGAGCAGCACACAAAGGCUUGCAACCCUCUUGUUUUUAGCUGUAUCCUGCCUGGGUUGAGAAAGUAAACAGUUUGAGUCUGUGUCAGCAGCCAAAAAAGAGACCUGCAGAGAAAACCCACAAGUCUUCAGGAAACUCCAUGGAUCCUGGAGACAGCAGGAUCAUUCUGAGAUGAGCCACCUGUAACUGGGGCCGGCCUCGUUGCCAGGGCUCCCUGCCCCGCAAGGAUGAGGAGCCAUCUGCUGGCCUAACAGGAAGACCUUGUGGCGGCGGUUGUUUUAUUUUUCCCAGCGGAGCCGCUUCCUGCAGCCUCCCUGUGCCCCUGGCAGCCAAGGGCUGGUGGGGCAGGGCCAGCACCAUGGCGGCGAAGCAGCCCCCGCCGCUGAUGAAGAAGCACAGCCAGACCGACCUGGUGAGCAGGCUGAAGACACGCAAGAUCCUGGGCGUCGGUGGGGAGGAUGAUGACGGCGAGGUCCAUCGCUCUAAGAUUAGCCAAGUAUUGGGAAAUGAAAUCAAGUUUGCAGUCCGGGAACCACUGGGACUGAGGGUCUGGCAGCUUGUUUCCGCCAUCAUGUUUUCCGGGGUCGCUGUCAUGGCCCUCGCUUUCCCUGACCAGCUCUUCGAUGCCAUCUUUGAGGAGGAAUCCGUGAGCAGCAAGACUCCUAUCCGGCUCUAUGGAGGAGCCCUCCUCAGCAUCGCGCUCAUCAUGUGGAACGCCCUGUACACCGCCGAGAAGGCCAUCAUCCGCUGGAGCCUGCUGGCCGAGGCCUGCUACUUUGCCGUGCAGUUCCUGGUUACCACUGUCUCCCUGGUUGAGAGUAGCCGGAUAGCCACAGGUGCUGUGCUCCUCCUGGUCAGCCGAGCCCUCUUCAUCCUCAUCAGCAUUUAUUAUUAUUACCAAGUUGGACGUCGUCCCAAGAAAGUCUAGUUCCUGGGCUUUUUUGUUAUGGGAAAGGUGGGAGGGGGGAGUUUGUGUCGGUAAUUUUGCAUUAUAAUUUUUUUUUUUUUUGUUAGUCCCUUUUGGUUCUAAAGUAGUUUAUUUCUUUACCGGCAUGAAUCAGUGUGUAACCCAGUGCUGGUGGCAUUGCCAGGUGAAAUGGGGGGAGCAACAUCAGUGGGACCCCCCAGCCCCUCUGCAGGAGGUGAGGAACAGUGGGGAGGAAGGCUCAGGGAAGUGUGUGGGCCUGGCAGGCUCAGGGAAAAAAGCCAGUUUUCUAGGGGGUACUGGCUGAUGGGAUCACAGGCUCUGAACCCACUGGAACAAAGCACAAAAUAAGGCCAGCAUGUUGAAACCAAAUCCCUGAGGAGACAGGGCAGUAAGACAACCUGUCCAGGAUCCAGCUACUCUACUUGGUAAGCCUGGCACCUCCCCUGGUUUACAGCCCUUUCCCCUUUUAGCAAGUACUGACUGUCCAGGUAGCCAGGAGCUGGAUGGGGUCAAGUUCAGUGCUUUGCAAACAGCUCUUCUUUCCUCUCUGCCAGAGGUGCAUUUUUGUGUAGUUCAUAGUUUUGCGCCAGAUGCUGUGUAGGGCUUGGCCGGAGAUACAGCAAAAGAAGAGGGAGAACCCGCGUUGUUCCCUCUGCAGGGACAGCACUGGGAACAGUGGAGCAACUUGAAUUACAAGAUGUGAGAAGUGAAGGAAGCUAUUGGAAAUAGCCGAUUGAGCACAAAGACAUCCCCUCAUUUGGGGUGUUUCAUGAAGUUUCUAGGCUGGGGUCCUGUCCCCUUCACCUCAGAACACUUCCUACAGUUGAAGCUUUACUGAUGGUAGUAGCAGUGGUGGGUGUGCAGUAGCUUUAUCUGAUGCUUUAGUUGAGCAGGAGCUGGAGUGCUGUUGUGGUUAGUGCUGGUAAGAGCAGAGGACUGUAACAGUAAGAGCAUCUGCAUAGAUGCUUGGGUCAGUGAAUAGCCUCUAGAUAUGGGCCCUGGCUGUGGGAGAUUGUGUUCCAACUCUGCUAAUAUCUGCAUCAUAUCUCUUCUGACCUUGAGAAGAGAGGACCAAAGUUUGUAGCAUUAAGAUAUUUAAUAUUUAACUGAGAUGAAGAACAGCAAGGAGCAGAGCAUAUGAUGGCAAGGACAGACUGAAUGUGCUUUAGUACUCACUAGCCAAUUUCUCCAACAUCUCCUGGACUUAACAGCAUUGCCUGCCCUGCUUCCUAGUGCUUUCCUUGUGGAUUAUCCCUGUCCACAGCUUGAGGCAGCAUUUUUUAUUCUCCAUGGGACUAAAGCCAGAAGGUCUAUGUACAGGAUAUGGACUUGUUACUCAUGCACUACUGUUGACUGGAUCAAAGCACACCCUGGAAUAUAGCUGAUGUUCCAAAAUCCCAGUAGAAAGAUUUCUACACAAACAGGACUGCUUGUGUGAACAACAGUCCUCAAGCCACUGGUAAGACUGGGAUCUACAGCUAUUGCUGUUUAAUAUCUUAGUAGAGUUAGAAAAAGGUAGUGGGUAGUUAUUGUAUGUUGUGUUAGUGCUUUUGGCAUUUAGAAGCAGCUGCAUAAGCUUGGGACACUGUGUGCAUUGUACUUACUGGCCAUGCAAAAAGUCUGACACAUAAGAAUAUUGGGAAUUGUUAAAUCAGGAAACAUCACAACUGUAACUUAGUUUUUUUGCUUAAUAAGUAAAUCAAAUGGAGAGGCAACAUCCAACAGCAGGCUAAAUUCUGGAGCCUCACAAUACACAGCUUGUCAAGCUGCUUUCAGCACAUCCAGAAAUGAUACUGAGCAACUAAAGCUUUUAAUUAAGAGGAGUGUUCCUGUUCAGAUGGAAGAAUUGGGGUCUAAGAGGCAAUCCUUUCCCUGUGAGGCAGAUAAUGAUCAAAUGCAGGUUGGAGAGGAUCAGAAAUUAGACUAAGUGGAGCAGCGUGCAGGAGUUGGAGCAUGGCAUGCUAUGGCUGUUGCUCUCCCCCUGUGCAUCACCUGCAUGGGCAGCUGCAAUGGCCUCAGUGUGGCACUUUGGCUGUAGUUGUGGGUAUAGGUACGUGAAGCUUGAUUCUUUGUGUUUUGGGGUGUCACAUGAAUGUAUACACAGAUUGAUGGUUGGUUUUUGGGGGGGUGGGAAAUUAUGUUUCUAGGACAGACAAGUAAAACCUACCACAGCAAAAGCAGUCUUACAGGAGAAGGAAUUGGGGGGUCUUCUUCAUGCUGCCUCCCAUCUGUGUUGGCCACAGGUCCCAUGAACUUAGUUAUGACUCGGGUCUGAUUAGUGUACCUUAAAAUGUCAUCCCAUAGGUGAGAGAAAUGAGUUACUGCACUAUGUGAGAGCAGUACUCCAAGGACUUCUUGAUGGUUAGAUCAGGUAUGAGGAUGGGGGAAGCAGUUACAGCUCUCCAGGGUAGCUUUAAAUAAGGUAAGAUUAGAUUAGAUUUCUCUGGUUCCCUGAUUAGCAGCUGCUUCUGCAAAACUUGUAACAGUCAGCCACUUCUAGCUUUGCUGGUCAAUGGCUUUUUUUGCUCUAACAUAGAGCAAAGCCUGGGGGAGUGGUCACUUAAAAGAUUUCAUGCUAGUUGGUACCUAGUCCUGAAAGUGGAGACAUGAAGUUGGAUUGUUUUGAUGCUUCUUUCUCCGUCUUGCUCUAAGUGGACCAUGUAGAAAACACAGAGCUCUACGCCUCCUCUACAACUAAGUUGUGGUUCCUGGCGUGUCCCUUCUCAGCAGCAAGGUGCUGCAGGAGAAACAUUGCCAGGCCCACUGGAGGUGGUGAGGGCAUAGCAGGUGAGGCCUAGGAGGGAGUUGCUCAGGGUGGCUUGAGGACGGAGGCCAGGCAGAGCAGCUGCAGCACUGCCAGAAACCAGCUGCACCUGGUUGUUUUCACUCUGUUGUGGAUGGGGAGAAAGGCAGGGAGAUGCCACAGCUUUGUGCAGAACUGCGUCUCCAAGAAUGGAAGUACUGACAUCACAGCUGCAGGUGGCAGUUCAGAACAUAAUUUGAGAUCAAAAAUCCUGAGGUGUCACUUCAGGCUCGGCUACUGAUCUGCUGACAAAAAUCUCCAUCUCCACAAGCCUCAGCUUCCUUAUCUGUUAGAGACAUUGUGAGAGAGCCUUGGACCGAUGUCAUCUCCCAAGGGAGAGUGCAGUGGAACUUCCUGCAUUUGUACAAUGCUGUGCAGGACUGAGGGUCUGUUCCCCAGAGAAUUGUACUCCAAGCAGGCACAGGCCAGGACUUAAAGCUGACCCCCUUUCUCUGCCAGGGAUGGACCCCAACCGUUGCAUUCACAGAGCCCUCACUUUGGAGGGUGAAGAAAACUCAUUGUUCACAUAACUCCCUACAUCAUCUUACUUGCAUCUAACCAAUAUCUGGCAAACUGGAGCUGGUGACAUAGGAGAGGCUCUGUCUGUCCUAAGCUGGCCUCUUUUCUGGUCAAGGGUUUUUACUUGGGAGGGUGUGGGUGGGGGGUGGUGGUGCAGGGGAGAAUGGGACACUUCAAUUUAUACCUCAUUUUAGCUGCUGUACCUGAGUUUAUUUCUCCUUUGGUAAGAAAGUGACUGUACUUAACACCAAGCAAAUAGUGAAAAUUAAAGCUGUUUCACUUCACUGUCACAA